UCCCAUCACAGCUGCUUCGUUGCUGCUGCACUGCGGAAGAAUGCUACGAACGAACUAAACAAAUAAACCUGUUAGCAUACACUGAAGUGACGUUCCCUCGCUUUUAUGUUUACAGUGAAGAAUGAAUAUCAAGCUAUAAGUAUAAGGGCAUGAAUAUAUCGCUCUUUCUUUCAUUACCUGCCUGAGCGGAUGGAGUAAAGAAUGAGUUAUAUAAAUAUGGAAGAGGAUCUGACAUGUCCCGUCUGCCUGGAGCUGUACGCAGAUCCUUUGAUGAUGCCCUGCUCACACAGUGUGUGCAAGGCCUGUCUCCUCAACAUCAUGAAAAGUAGGGCCAAGGCUGACAAACAAGAUCUUGAAUGCCCAACCUGCAGAAACACGCACACUCUGAAGACAGACCAAGUGGAAACACUGCCUAAGAACCUAGCUUUGGAGAAUAUUGUCUUCCGUUAUCAGGAGAUUCAAAGUUUUAACAUGAGCAAGGGGAGUCCGAACUUCUCUGGCUGUGCCUCGCCAACUGACGAUGUGAUGCUGGUUCCCGUCAGUGAUGCUGACACGUCCGAUGAGGUGUUUGAGAGCUCAACUGAUGCUUCUGAUUGUGGCAUGUGCGAGGAGCCGCAGAAACAGCGUGCUGAUUGGUUCUGCCAGCAGUGCCAGGUACACUACUGUCAGCAGUGUUUGGAUCGCUUCCACCCACGACGGGGCACCUUGCGAGAACACAAGGUGUGCAAGUCGGUGCCGACACCUGCCUCUGGGGGCUGUGCCCUCUGGUGCCAUGACCACCCCCAGGAGAAGGCUCACAUCUUUUGCGACUCGUGUAAGACAGUCGCCUGCCACUUGUGUGUCUGCCAGGGUCAGGGAGCUCACUGUGGUCAUGUGAUCUUGGACAUCGCCACCGCCAAGAGGCAGUUGCAGGAUGUUUUGAAAAAUGCAAGGGAGGAACUGGGCACUUUAGCGUCUUCAUUUCAAGAGAAGGAGUGUGAGAUUGCCUCUCAGUUAAAGAACUUGAAGGUCCUCCAGGAGACGUCCAGGACUCAGAUCAGCAGCCAGUACAGCUGCAUGCUGGCCGACAUUGUGUCUGUUCUGGACUCCCUGAAACAACGAGCCCUACAGAAAAUUGAUGGUGUUGUACUACAGCACUUCAACAUCCUGUCAGCAGAGAGUCAGAGUUUACGCUCAGCACUGGCUCAGUGUCAGGGUCUUGUUUCUGCCUGUGAUUCUCUGGUUGCCGAUCAGGUGAAAAAGCAGAGGAAGGAAGUAGGUUUGAGUGUAAUGCAUGGGACAGAGAGCAGCGAUGUCUUGAUGGUGGAGGCUCACCUUCAUGAUGACUUGAGUUUUUCAUCAGGGGAUGGGAAUUUCGACUCCGGCAUCGUUUCUGAAGUGACCCCCAAAUCAAAAUCUUCAGAACGAGGUAGUCCUGUGUCUCUGGCUGAGAGGUCUGGAGGCAAACGUAGAAGUGGUGUCGAUAUAGACAAGACCCCUAGACGACCGAUUCAGGAAACGGAAAAACCUCUUGAUAACGCUAAUGUGAUGCAGGACCAAAAUGCUAACCCAUGUAAAAAUGAGAUCACUGAGAGGGAAAAGAACAGACACACCAGCGUACCGAGUGACACGCGCAGAAUUAUCCAUUCCAGGGAUCGCUCUCUCCCAACUCCUCGCCCACUGUCUGCCAAUAUAGAGGGCAACAAAAGGUUGUCCAAUCCAGAUUGUGUGAACCUCUACACACGGUCUCUUUCUGAAAAGUCAAGCGUUGGCAAAAAUGACUUGAAAAAGUUGGAUAUGGUGUCAGGGUCAAGAAGUGUUCCUGAAGAUCCUCUCGCUGAAAAAGGAGCCUUAGAGAGCGCUUUGAAUGAGAGGAAAAUCAGUGAGGGGAGUAAAGGCUUGCGCAGAUUUAGAGAAAGAGGGAGCAGCAUGCAGAAUCUGCUGGGCUCUCAAGAGAGGCUGCUUGAUGGUGGGUCGGAUAGGGGAGACAGUCCUAGACGUAUCAAGGAUCAAGGGAGGGUAUCUCAGAGUGUGGAGAACUCGUUGCUUCUCCGAGCUGAGGAAGUUGGCCCAAUAUUGGAGCAGGUGGCAGUCCUCUGCAAAGAGACUCCAUUCCACAACUUGUGCAAGUCGGAGAGCCGUGUUGUCAAUGUCAGUGUCAGCAAAGCUGUGACAUCGAGCAUCUCAGACUUUCAGAGUCAGGCUCUGUCUGUGAUAUGUAGCCUGUCAGGAGAAACUUGUACUGGUGCUGACGCUAUCACACCGGCGGUACGUUCAGUUGUGUCCCCUGCUGCUGCUGGGGGGCAGGCAGGUGCUCGGCGUGUCCAGAGUCGUACGCUGAUCACAUGGGGUUUCAACUCCACAACUUUCUCGGCCGAUCCAGUCAGCGGCAAUGCCCAGUGGUCAGUGAGUGUCCACAGGAACACUAGCCACAUUGGUGACAUUCGCAGUGGAUAUCUGUUUGGGCUCGGGGUGUCCAGCAAAUGUCUCGGCAGUAAAGAUCAGGUCGGGAUGAACCCGCACUCUUACGGUGUCAUCUGCACCAAAGGCAAUCUGGCCUUCAGCCAUAACAGUCAUGUGACCCCGAUUGCGGCGCUGACUGACCUCCCAGUGACCGUCACAUUAUCCGUACAUCGUGGUUCCCACGGCUGUCUCUUGCUUUACAGAAUCUCCCAGAGCUCAGCCUCCAGUGACAUCUGUGGCCGUCGUAUCAUUAUGCAGGCGGAUGACAAGGGAGAGAAGUACUGCGAGAAUGUGGAGGAUCUGGAACUUUACCCAGUGUUCACCGUUAGUCAGAGGGUCAAGAUGCAGUUUCCUUUGACUUCUGACAUUUGAAAAACUUUGGUUUCGAUUAUACUCUGUGACUUGAUUUGUUAUUUCUACAGUACAUUUCCUUUUCGUUUCUUGGCCAAUAGCACACAGCACCCCUUUUACCUUCUAGAAACCUGUUGUAUGCUGCUAGUAUGGCCUCAGACUUGCUGACUGAAAGCAUUUUUAACAGGGCAUUACUUUUGAAAUUUAUGGCUUUGGUACCUUGAAAAAUGUAGUAAAAUAAGUUGUGACUGAAUGCCAAAAGACCAGUUUUGGACGAAGUGUGCAAAAUAAUCUCUCAAACUCCAUUCUGGAUAUCUACCUGUAGAGUGAAAUGAAACAAGAACUCCUGCUAUUUUGUUUACAGUUUGGAUCCCUCUGCUGUAGUCAAAUUGUUUUUGAUUUGGCUUGGUGUGUCUGGGAAGAUUUUUAUUUCGUAAUUAGUGUCACGACGCGGUGGAAUCAGGUGCUCGUCAAUUUUGGGUCAUUUUUAACUACUGGUAUCCUUUUAACCCCUUCAAUGCCUCAGGUAAAUAGGCCCCUGUUCCAGGGGAAAUCCCAUGAACCAAGGCUGCUCAGGUUGACCCGACUCUACCUCCUAUAAAUAUUUCCUCAUGAAUUUCUGCAUGUACAUUAAACAUUGAACCACAUUUCUAUUGAUAUAAUUUUUUUGGGAUUUCAUUGAGAGAUGGAGAAAAGUUGGAGUUAGUAACAUGAUGCCAAAAACAACUCCGCCAAACUACAUAAACAACGCACAUUCGAGUAAUGAUAAACUGAGACAGAAAAAAGGGAAAACAUGUUAUGUGAGUGUUUGAAGGUAAAGAGGAAGUGACAAGAGGCUUUUCCUACCUUACACAACGCUUGUACAAUCCAUAUAUAUAUAUAUAAUCAACAUUUUUCUGUACAAUCCACACAGAAAUAUGUUCUUUUAAGGGCAUGAAAGGUGUUGAGCCAAAAAAAAAAA